AUGCUGGACACAACUCAGACAAAGAUGGACACACAUCAGACAAAUAUAGACACAGCACAGACAAAGCUGCACACACCUCAGACAAAGAUGAACCCGCCACAGACAAAAACACAGCACAGAAAAAAAAAAGAUGGACAUACCACAGACAAAGAUAAACCCACCACAGACAAAAUGGACACAACUCAGACAAAGAUGGACACACAUCAGACAAAGAUAGACACACCACAGACAAAGCUGGACACACCUCAGACAAAAUCGACACAUAUCAUACAAAACAAAGUUGGACACACCUCAGACAAAGCUGGACACACCUCAGACAAAGAUGGACACACCUCAGACAAAGUUGGACACACCUCAGACAAAGAUGGACACACCUCAGACAAAGAUGGACACACCUCAGACAAAAUCGACACAGCACAGACAAAGCUGGACACACCUCAGACAAAGAUGGACACACCUCAGACAAAGCUGGACACACCACAGACUAAGCUGGACAGCGCAGACAAAGCUAGACACACCUCUGACAAAAUCGACACAUAUCAGACAAAGUACAAAAACAAGUACAAACCGGAUGAUCACCACGUGAUUAAAGACAGCUCACAACACGAGGAUAAAUAG